GUGCUCGGUAUUGGUAUGCUUGCGGAUUUUCAUUGGUGCAGCAGAGACUGACCAUUACACUCUCACGCGAACUCAGUGUCGGCAGCGAAGAUGUACGCUGUUCUUGAUGGUCUCUGUGUGCUCGCAUCUCACGCCGCUUCUAGUGCGCAACAACCGCUCUUCUACAACUUCGUCGACCACACGAUCAAGGUGUUGACCGGGAUCCAGUAUGGCCUCAGCACCCUUACCGACUUGUUGAUCAUCGGCUCGCUGUUCCUCUACCUGCAGCCCUCGCGCUUCCCAGGGAUGAAGGCAGUGGAGGGUUGGUAUGAGUACAUCGCUGUGUUCUUCAUCAACCGCGGUACUUGCUUCACGCUCCUUCAACUGGCCUCCUUCAUUCUCUUCGUCACCAUACCGAAACAGCAGGUCUGGAUUCUCUUCCACUUCGUGACUAGCAAGACCUACAUCAACAGCCUGCUCCUGAUGCUCAACUUCCGCAACGUGCACCACGGCCGCGGUAUCGACGAGGAGGAGUCCGUCAACCAGCGCGACUUCAAGAGCAGCCAGCCGGGCACGAGCAGCCACAGCCGCACGCCCGGCAACGCCACCUCGCGCAGCGUGCAGUUCGGCGUCGUGGAUACCGAGAGCAAGGCGGCUGCUAUGACCAUUGGUCUCGACACCAUGCAGUCGGCCGUCGGGAUCGAUGACGAUGACAGCGACAGGCGCAAGCCCAACGUCUCUGACAUUGAUAUCCACAAAUCCCACCACGACUUCUGAGCGUCGCACCCGCGGCGAGGGUAGAACAGCGCGGCUCCGUCGCGUACGGGUCGCUGUUCAUAGAGAACAGAGAAAGAGACAGAUGUGCCCCCGUCCUAUCUCACGAUCUAUUGCCCGCGUAUCUGGUCGGCAUCUAGUAGCUCUUGUUUAUAUAUUGGUUGAUCUAUUGAUAUGCGUACUAUUUUGUCUUCUUUCGUACUCACUGGCAAUCCAAACGUUUGCGCCGAUCGCCGUAUCUUCGAACGCCCAGCGUAGUGGUGCAGUCUGCUCCUCACCCACUUGACGAGGUACGGGAGCCGGUGUCGAUGGCU